GGGCAGGCAGGUGCAGUUCCUCGCUCGUGAGGAUGUAGUCAUGGCCUCUGGAUUUUGUGAGAACUGCAUCCAACUGCUCAGAGAGUUUGCUGCUCAUUUGAGGAAGGUUUGCAAAGAGUUUGAGGAAAAAAUAAGAGACGUCUUCAGAGAACUUGGUCUGUGCACCUGCUGCUGGAGUACACCUGAGAGGAGUUUCCUGAGGAGGACCUAUCAAGAGUUAAAUUCUUUACACCUCCUGCGUGAUGCUGAAACUAAACUACUCGAUCAGGGAAGUCUACAGGCGCUGAGCAGACUUGCAACCUCAGAAAACACUGAUCUGCAAAGGACUGCAGCCAUGUAUUAUUUACAUCUGAGUCAUCAUUUGAAAUCUCCCUUACCAGAUGCCUUCAUGGAGCCAGUCAUGGCCUUACUUUUAUCAGCUGACCUGGAUGUGCAAAAGACCAUCUCGCUCUCCUUGGUAAAUCUGUUAGUAAAGAAUUAUGUGUGCAAAGAGUUGGUGAUUGAAAUGGGGAUGCUGGUGCCCAUACUGGAGCUGUUCCAGUCUGGUGAUGCCACAGCUCAGUGUCACUCAUGUGCCUGCGUCACCAUGCUGGCCUGCUCAGAAUUAAACAGGGAAGCUGUCUUAGUGGAUGGAAUCAUACCACUGUUGGCUUUAGCAAGAUCCUACGAUCCACAGGUGCAACAGAACGCAACAUGGGCUCUGUUACAUCUCACACAGUCGGAUUGUUCAACCAGGAUCUUAUGUCAGGCAGGAGCCAUCCCUGUGCUGGUGCUUCUGCUGCAGUCGUCAGAUUCAGUGCUUCAGUUUUACAGCUGCACCGCCCUGUGUAACAUCGCUGCUGUCCCGGAGCACCACCCACAGUUGCUUGGCAUUGGGGGUCAUUUUUUGUUAAAGUCUCUUCUGACCCUCGUGUCUUCCUCUGUGCGUAAGAAUUCAACCCAAGCCUGCAGAUGCCUACAAACUCUCUCAAAGAAUGUUCUGAUCCAGGAGCAGCUGAUGGAGCUGGACUGUGUGUUGCCUCUGAAAGCGCUGUUGAAAACCUCUUCUCCUGAGUCAGCCGUGACACUACUGUGUGCCCUGUCUGCACACCCACCGAACAAUGACGUCCUGGUGAGUGAAGGACUGCUGGAUGAAAUCGGUCAGCUGCUUCAUCGUCACAGAUCCAGCUCUGUUAUAAUCACACAAAGCUGCAAGAUAAUCACUGACCUGCAAAGCUCCUGCAUGAGUCAGCAGGCCGUGAUGGAGAGCCCGUGUCUAUCAGGGCUCCUCCAGGCCCUCGUGUCUCCCGCCCUAUCAGAUCCACUCAAGUCUAACUUGUCGGUGACAGUAACAUCAGAGCAAGUUUCAAGGCUAGUGACGUUGGCAGGACAAACACAAAAUCCUCAGUUGUCGUACAACAGCGCAGCCAUCAUCUGCAAACUAGACAUGACUGGCGAGGUGGUCCAGCUGCUGAGACCUCACUACGUUACCAUGUUGGACUACCUGUUAGCAUUUCUCCAAAAGAAAGAUGUUAAAUUCCAGCAGCUUGGCAUAGUUACCAUAUUGAACCUCAAGAAAGAUGCAGAGUUUUCAUCCCUGUUGGCUGGUAGUGAGUUGGAGGUUCAGCUCAGGACGGUGCAUGUGCAGACGGAGGAAACCAGGCGGCUCCUGCAAAUGAUUCAGCCCCUGUCCCCAUCUUCUGUUCACCCUUGAUUUUGUCAGUACAGAAGGAUGAAGGAUGUGCCCAGUGUAGACUGCAGGAAGCGUUUACAUUCAUUCACAGUACGGACAAGCAGCAUUUUUAUAUUGUGUUUUAAUGUGUUUAUUUUACAUUAUGGUUCUUAUGUGUUUAUUUUACAUCAGAGUUUUUAUGUUUACUCUCAACAAAUGAAGUGAAAAACAAGGCAGGGAUGCGGCAUAGUAUCAACUUUAAUUAAAUAUGGCAUAUAUUUGAGUUUUUAACAGCUUAACAAGUGACAGGUAUCAGCAAUACAUAAACUAUAAGAUCAAAUGAUGAUCAGAUACAUUUGUUUUUAUAUGCUUUUAUUAUAAUAAACUCACCUAACCUCUA